UGGGAGUUGAAGUGAAAGUCCGUGUGCGUCUGACCUCAACAUUUCGCGCGUUUUGCGUUUAUGAACCUAAAAACACCUGCUCUAAUGUCCACAUAGAUGGGAGAGAAACCCAUUUUGUGUGAUACAAAGUCCUCGAGCGGGAAUAUGGAUUCUGUACAAUGUUGGAAUGGAGCAAAAUGUGACCAGAUCCCCACUAGGGCUAGACCCAUGUCAGACACCUUAUCCAAACUGGCUCAACUGAUCACUUGCAUCGAGUACAAACCAAAACCACAGCCAUCUUCAUCCAUCUGCAAAGACUGCGGCCACAAAUUCUCCGACCUGAACAGUCUUGUGCGUCACCAGGAAAGAGAGCACGCCCUGCGAAAGCUCCAUCGCUGUCAACGCUGUGGCCAAAAAUUUGUUUUGCUCUCUAGUUUGCAGCUACACAAAUGCUCUCACGCCUCAUCCAUGUGCCAGACGUGCAGGGGGAAACCUCAAAGGGGUUCAUCUUGCCCUUCCUGCGGGACUGAAUCUUCAGAAGAUCCCUUCUAUCAUGACAACAGCCCCUAUGCGUGCACCCCAUGCGGACAAGCCUUCAGCCACAAGCAAGGGCUGCUGCACCACCAGCAGGCCGGAGACUGUCAGCCUGCCAAGACUCUAAAACCUCCUUCACCUUCAUACGCCUCCUUGCCUCCAUCUCCUCCAAAAACCACCGCAUCUCUUACCACAUGCACUUUGUGUACCAGAACGUUCCGUUCUUCUACUGGACUUGCUUGCCACAUGCGCUUUUCCCACACGCACAUGAAAAGCAGCACGGAGAAGAAUAGAGUUCUCAAAUCAAGUAUGUUGUUUCCAUGCCGUUCCUGUGACAAAUCAUUUCCUAAGACAUCACUGCUCCAUCAGCACAGGAAAGAGGAACACCGGCGGGAGAUAAAGGUGAGGAAACUGCAGAGAACCUCUUUGAAGACCACCAGGCAAAGGCAGAAAGGUGAAACAUAUCCAUGCCUCCACUGCGGAAAAGAGUUCCUGCACCAUCUGACCCGUUGGGCGCAUUUUAGACACUACAGCUCUCACCAUCAGACCCACCUUAAAUUGAGUGGCAAAUCAUCCGGCGCUGAUGCAGUUGGGUUUCACCCAAAGGCAGCCAAGGAUCCCAGACCUUCCCAAGAAAAUAGACCUUCAAAGAGAGGUAGAGCUAGGACCAAAAAUCUACCUGUUUUGACAGAAACUAAGCAAGAAGAAGCAGCUGAAACGGUUAAGCAGGACGACAGUGAUGGUGAGGAUGCUGAGUAUGCUUGUACGUCAUGCGACCAGGUCUUUAGCUCCAAAGCUGAGCUGCAUGUCCAUGAGAACAUCCAUGAGGAAAUCCCUGAAGAGCGUUAUCAACCAGCCAACACAUGCAGGUGUUGUAGUGUGUGUACAUUUGGGAUUCCCCUCGCUGAGAUUCCAGAAGUUUGUGAAAAGAAAGUCUAUCACUGUGUGCCAUGUGCCGAAGCCUUCAUAGCCCUGGACACUUUUCUAGAGCACUGCCAGAAACAUCUGCUACGUGACAAUGAAGAUGAAUUCAGUGAUGGCUGAAAGAGCUUCCAUUUCUUUUAAGGAAUAGUUCACUCAAAAAAAAAAAUCAAAUUUUCUCACCA